GCGCCGCGGGACGCCCCGGGGCAGGCCCCGGCCCCGCCAUCGGGCGGGAGCCCAGCUCCAGGGGAGCCCGCCGCUCCCUCCAUCUUGGUUGUGGAGACGGGCGGCGUCUGGGGCUCUCCACCGUCGCGCCUGUCCCCCACGGCCCGGCGGACGCAGACGCCGGAAGCUGGGGCUGUUCCCUCGGCCGAAUGGCAGGGCCCAGUCGGGGCUUCGCGGGGACAAGUGUCCCGGCCCCACGGGGGUUGGUUUUGAAUGGGUCCCAAGUUCCCACAGCAGUUCCGACAAAAUGGAGGACGUCGUCUCCUCCUGCUGCAGCCAUGACGGGAGGUGGGGGGACUAUUCCCCACGGGGGCGCGGCGAGGCUGGAAGUGCCCCCACCGCCCUCAGAGCGCCCGAGGGGCCACUUCGCCCGCGGCCCCGACUGUCCAGUGGGCCCCGCUCCAGCCCCUCCCCGGUCUCGCCCCUCGCGGGGGGCUUCAAGGAACUGGACAGGGAGGGCGUUGGGGCAUCGAGGCCGCGCCUCUCCUCGGGCAGAGUCGUGGGGAGCCGCUGCAGCGGCCUGUGCGCCCGGACGAGGGCGAGGGCGAGGGCGAAGGCAAGCCGUCCCGCCCGUCUCGAGCUGUCCCCAGCCCGGAGAGCCCACUGCCCCAGGGGCCGGGCGGAGGCCGGUGUGGGCAGGCGAAACUCGGGCUCCUGACCCUAGCGGACCUGGCGGGUUCUUUGGCAUGGAUAAAUGCUCAGUGGGAGGAUUAGAAUUGACUGAACAGACUCCUGCUCUAUUAGGGAGAACAACUAUGACAGCUAGUCUCAUGGACAUAGGAGAUUCAUUUGGUGAUCCAUCUAGUCUUUUAGUCAAUAGAUCUAGCACCUCAUCAAUGGAAGAUGAUGAUGAUGAUGAUGUUGUAUUUAUUGAAUCUAUACAACCUCCUUCAGUUUCUGUUCCUGCGAUAGCUGAUCAAAGAAAUUUUAUAUUUGCGUCAUCAAAAAAUGAAAAGCCACAAGGAAGUUAUUCCGUAAUUCUUCCUGCUUCAAGGGAUUUGGCUUCUCAGAAGGGAAAUAUAAGUGAGACAAUUGUUAUUGAUGAUGAAGAGGAUAUAGAAACAAAUGGAAGGGAGGAGAAAAAUUCUUCUAGUUUUACUGAAUGGGGACCUCCUAGAACUAAAAACAGAACCAAAGAUUUGGAUUUCUGCACUUCCAGUCAUUCAAGAAGUAAGACCAAGACUGGAGUAAGGCCUUUUAAUCCUGGUAGAGUGAAUGUGGCAGGAGAUGUAUUUGAGAAUGGAGGAUUUGCAACUCAUGGUCCUGAUUCUUGGAUCUCCCAGUCAGCUUCAUUUCCCCGUAAUCAGAAGCAGCCAGGGGUGCAUUCUUUAUCACCAGUGGCCUCGCUGCCUAAACAGAAUUUCCAGCCUUCAGCCCAACAGCAACUUACUAAACCAGCUAAGAUCACUUGUGCAAACUGCCGAAAACCUUUACAGAAGGGACAGACAGCUUAUCAACGAAAAGGAUCAGCUCACCUCUUUUGUUCUACCACCUGCCUUUCUUCCUUCUCUCAUAAACGUACUCGAAAGACACAAAGUGUAACAUGUAAAAAAAAUGCAGCUACAAAGAAGGCUACUGUUAUUCCUCUGGUGGAAUCAAGCAAAUCCUUCCAAGAAUUUUAUAGUACAUCUUGUCUGUCUCCCUGUGAAGACAACCAGAAUCUUAAAAAAGGAGUUUUUAAUAAAUCAAGAUGUACAAUCUGUAGUAAAUUAACAGAGAUUCGCCACGAAGUCAGUGUAAAUAACGUAACACAUAAACUGUGCAGUAACCAUUGCUUUAAUAAGUACAGAUUGGCCAAUGGUCUAACAAUGAACUGCUGUGAACAGUGUGGAGAGUACAUGCCUAGUAAAAGUACUGGAAACAACAUCCUGAUGCUUGGAGGCGAGGAGAAGAGAUUUUGCUGCCAAAGUUGUGUUAACAGAUAUAAACAGAUGAUGGAAACAAAAUCAAAAAAAUUAUCAGCAUCAGAAAAUAGAAAAAGGAAUGCUGUUAGAGAAGAAAACGAAAGACAAUUACAUGGAUUGUCAGGUACACUUUUAGAAAAAUUAGAGGGACUACCAGAAAAAAAAAGAAAGACUUCAGAGGUACAGAUUUCAGCAGAAUGUAGCACGGAUACAUUACUGAUCAAACAGAAUGUGGAUUUACCACCUUCUUCCACAUCCACCAUAGCUGAUAAAUUUCAAGAGCAACUGGAAGAGAAAAAAUCAGAAGACUCCAUUAUUCCAGUUGUGCUUUCUACAGAUCCAGGUACAUGGCCCCGAAUUUUGAAUAUUAAACAACGGGACACUCUUGUUGAAAAUGAUCCACCUCAAGUAAGAAAUUUUAACUUUCCAAAAGACAAUACAGGGAGGAAGUUUUCAGAAACUUACUAUACACGAAUUUUUCCAAAUGGCGAAAAAACCACUAGAUCCUGGUUACUUUAUUCAACCUCAAAAGAUUCUGUGUUUUGUCUAUAUUGCAAACUCUUUGGGGAAGGCAAAAAUCAACUAAAAAAUGAGAAUGGGUGCAAAGAUUGGCAACAUUUAUCACAUAUUCUUAGUAAACAUGAAGAAAGUGAAAUGCACAUCAACAAUAGUGUUAAGUAUUCAAAAUUAAAGUCUGAUCUGAAAAAAAAUAAAACUGCUGAAGCUGCAGAACACAGAUUAUAUGAAGAUGAUGAGAAAAAUGAUGGUGUGCUGCUGUUGUACACAUAAUAUACCAGAUUUGUUUUUUGACAUGACAGGGUCUUAUAUUACUCAGAAAAAAUCUAUACCGUAAUAGUCAAUACCAUUGUGUUGGAAGUCUCCUAUACAGAGUAACUUGCAACAGUUCAUUAGCAAUAAGUAUAAUAGCAAACAAAUAGUAAAGAAUAUUUUUAUUCCAAAUCUAAAACUAACUGGAUUCAGUAGUCCUUAAUGCAAAUUUUAAUAAAGGCAAUUUUUAAUUUUCUCUGUCUAUAAAUUUACACCUUUUUAAAAUUGGCAUUUGAGAACUGCCAUUUGACAGAUCUGGCUAAUAUUCUGUUCUGAUUAUCUAGUAAGAAGAAAGAAAGAGGCCAGGUGUGGUGGCUCACGCCUGUAAUCCUAGCACUCUGGGAGGGCGAGGCAGGUGGA